AUGGAGGCCGGGCUGCUAAGCGCCGUCCUGGGCAUUAUCCUGGUGCAGGUGGAAAUGACCACGCAGGACCUGGACCCGCAGAAGAUUGCAGGGUUCUGGCAGGAAGUUGGGGUGGCCUCCAGCCAAAACCUGGCACUGCAGACCCCAAAGAGGCUGGAGGCCUUGCUCCUGACCUUGAGUGGGGAGGAGCUGACCGUGAAGGCUGCGUAUAAUAGUUCAGGAAGCCAUGUGACUGAACAAAUAGUGAGCUUGGAAGUCAAUGUUUCGGAGAAAUUUGUUUUCCCAGGAGGCAAAGAGGUCGCUGUGGUGGCCACGGACUACGAGACGUACGGCAUCAUGAACACUGUCUUCCACAAAGGAGGGAAGGCCCACAGUGUCCUGAAACUUUAUAGCCGGAUGGUGGAACACAACGAAAAAGCCAUGGACAGGCUCCUCGUAAAGGCCAUGGAGCACGGGCUGUCAGCAGUGGAUGUGCAGCCGCUCUCCAAGGACUCUCCUCCUCUGGUCACAGAGGCUGGGCUGAGAGUGCGGUCCGGGCACCUGUCCUGCAGCCCCUCGCGCUGUCCCGUCCUACCGGGAGGGUCCUUGGAGGCCGGGCGGCGCCCUGAGGCCCUGGCCUUCUAUGUCACAGGAGCUGAUCUAGGGGAGCCCCCGCCCCCAUCCGGGAUGCUGGGAGCCUCGCCCACCCGGCCUCCCCUGGCCACCCAGCCCUGGGGGGCCCACCUGCAUCUGCUCUGA